AUGGAUUUAAUAAGUGAAAUCACUUUUUAUUCAGUAGUUUGUACAUCAAAUAUUACUAAAUUGCCUUUUAAAAAAUAUAAUCAAAUUUUAUUGAAUCAGUCAUCAUCGUUAAGAGGAGGUGGAUGCUGUUCAACAAACUCAGUUAUGCCUGAAACAAAAAGAUUUAACUAAUUCCCAUAAAGUUUUGCCACUAAUCUAAAAUUUCAAACAACUGUGAUAGUAGAAAAGGCUUCAUAAUUUAAUGAUAAAUACCAUUAAGAUGAUGUUCUUUGUGCAAUUAUCUGGUUUUAGAGUCACAAAGAACAUAUUUAAAAACUUUGCAUGAAUGAAACUUUAAAUUUAUAACACUAUGAUCUUAUUGAGCGUACUUUUGAGAGUUUAAUAAAGCAAUUAGUGAUAUACUUAAAAUUAUCUGGAUAUAUAUUUUAUACAUUACUUUAAAUAUGUAAUGAUUUACUUCGAGUUAUAUUUUAUUAUUAACAAAUAAAUGAAGAUAGAUAUAUGUAGGAAGUCCUAUAAUAAAAAUUAAAAGAAUAUAUUUCAGAAAUAGAAGAAUAAAUAUCGGUUGAAUCGACAAAAAUAUGGCUUACAGGAACGGAUUUUGAGCUUUAGAUGAUAAAAAUUUGUAUUGCACAUUUACGAACUAAUUCAGAAACAGGCACAAACUUAAUAAAAGCAGUAUUAUUUGGAAUAGCUUCUUCUAUAUCAUAAUUAAAACCUAGUGAAGAACUUUUAGAUGCUCUAAUGGAAGCAGGAAAAUAUCUAUUGCUCAAUUUUUAUGACAAGUAAAUUAAGAAUCCUUUGAAAAUAUAUGAGCUUUAUUAUUUUUUUGAAAAUUUGAAAUGGUCAAUAAUUUUCUAAUUAAAAGAAGGCUUUUCAGUUAAACAAACAAUAAAUUAGCUUACAGAUGGAUAUAAUAAAUAUAUUGGAGCUUCAUCAAAUUGGUUAAUUCAUUUUUGUUGGAUUAAUUUAAUCUCAGGUUUAAUGUCAUAUAGGCCAAUAAUUUAUAGAGGUGAAGUUGAAUAGAUGUUGAAUCAAAAACAUCAUAUUAGCUGGAAUUAAUUGAUUGUUUCUAAUUAAAUUGUUUUAAUGCCUUAUGAUAAGACUAAAGGAAAAGUAAAAUAUUCUGGGAGAGGGACAUUUAUUAUUCAAGAAUUUUAAAAUUUAAAAUUAUUUUAGGAGUACUUGUUAGAUGAAUAAGUCAAUUCUAUAAAAUUAUUAUCAUAGUAUUUAAAUUUUGAUUUUAGUUCAUAAUAGCAAAGCUAAAUCAAUUUACAAGAUUUAACAUUUAGUUUAUUCACAAAUAUUGAUGAUUUGGAAAUUCUUUCGUCAUUAAAUAUUGCUUUAUAAAAUUGCCACACAACAAUCAAGGAAAAUUUGAAUUAGAUAGAUAAUUAAACUUCUAAAAAUGAAGUAAUCUCAAUGUAAAAUAAAACUGAAAUAAAAAUUUAUAAACAAGAUAUUCAAUACAUUAUUAAUCAAUAAAAAGACUCAUUUUUGUAACUACUAUAUAUAUUCUAUGAGAUGGAUAUUAUUAGAAUUAAGGAAACUGAAAUAAUAAAUAAUAUUGAAUAAAUUUUUAGAUUAAAUGAGAAGAAUCUAGGACUAUUAAAGGAUAAAACUUAUAUAGAAUAGAUGCCAAAUUUAAAUGAAAUAAGAGUUGAGGCUGAAAAUAGAUUUUUAAAGUAAAUGCAAAAGCUACCCAAUUUAAUAGUUUAAUUUACUCAAAUUUUAAUCUCUUAUGAGGAUAUAAUUUUAGAUGAAAAUAAUGGAAAAGUUGUUUCAACGACCUAAUUAAAAUAGACAUUAAUAAAGUAUUAAUAAGAAUUGGAAAUUUUUAUGUAAGUCAUUAAUGAUUUCUUAAUCAAUUUCAUUUGUAACAUAAAAAAAAUAAAAAAUAAUAUCAAAUAAAUUAAUUCCUAGAUAUCCCUUACAAUUCCUUAAGAGUGGGUUUCACAAAAAGAUAUAUCAGAAUAAUUAAUUCAAUUUUAUAACUCUGCCUUAAUUAAAAAUUUAUCGAAUUAAAUUCUUUAGGUUUAUUCGACUGACUGGGUAGAAAAAAAUUGGGAAUUUAAUAAUCUUAACGAAUUUGGAAAAAAUAUUAAAAGAUGCAAUUAAAUAGCAUUAAUUUUUAAAUUUUACAAAAAAUUAUUAAGAAUUUAAUAACAAAAAAUAAAUGUGUUGCAAUAUGAAGAUAAUAUUGCAAAAUAGUAUUUUAAAAAUUAAAAUUAGCAUACUAAUUUCUUGGAAAACGAGAGCAUAGCUACAGAUUAAAUUAAAAGCUUAGUUCUUGAAAGAAAAGUUAUGAUACAAGAAUACUUUGAUAAAUAUCCUAAUUUAAUACUCAAUAAGUAAGAACUAAAUGAAAUAAAUAUAAUAGAAGAUAAAAUUAGAGAAGAUAUAAUCUCAUUAUAAUAGAAGUAAUGGAAUCAAGAAUUAAAGUUAUAAAGUAUUAUGAUUUUAUAAGAUGCCUUAAACAAAUUAUCAUAAUUAGGAUUGAAUAAAGUCAAUAAAUCAACUUUAAAAGAAGAAAUAAACUUAAAUUUUACUAAAUCUCUUUCAAAUUUAAAUAAAAAAAUAUAUGGAGAUGAUCAAAAAGCUGAAUAGACAGAAUUGCUUCCAAAAAACACAAUUAAUGAUUUAGAUUCUUAAAUUUUCUUUAAUUUUGAAAGCUCUAUUACUUAAAUAAUCGCUGUGAUAAUAAAUACAAAAAGACUAAGAAGAAUCAUAUAAUAAAAUUAUAAUUUGUUUAAUUGGAGUUCUGAAAUUUGGGGGUCUGAAAAAAAAGAUGAAUUUUAAUAAAGUAUUAAGAAUUUAAUAACUGAAUUACUUCAUAUUAUUUAGGACAGUUGUUUUUCUAUCUAAAAAGAAUAGCAAAUUGUUUUAAAUUAGGAUAAUAUUUAGCAUUUAUCAAAUCAAAAAUGUAUUGACAAAAUGAAAAUUAAUUUAAUUCUCCUUAAUAGUAAUUCAAUAUAUAAAAUAUAAUCAUAAAAUGGAAAUACAGAAAUUAAAUAUUGUUUAAUAUACUAAGAGUUGGUAAAAAGUUUAAAAGAUUUUACUACAUUAGAUACAUAAAAAACUAAUAUUUUAUCUGAGAUUUUUGGGAAUUCUUCUCAUAAAGUAAGAGAGGCAUUGGCAUUUAAUGUUAUAAAAAUUGAUGCUUUAAUUUAAGAAACCAAAAUCAAAGAGUUUUGUUAAAAUUUAUUACAAAAGUUAUGGAUUUAUGAAAAACAUGGUGAUGUUAGAAAUAUACUUAAAAAUAAGGAAAUGAUAGAAAUGUAGAAAUAAUUAUUUUCAAAUGAUCUCACUACAAUGACAAAUUAAAUCAAAGGUGAAAUGAAAAAUUUGCUUAAUAGAAUUGAAUAACUUGAAAAUUCUGUAUUAACUGAUAAUUCAAUUCAAUCAAAAGAAUAAUUACAAUAAGCCUUAGAUGAUUUUGAAAUUUAUUUUGAUAAUAUCACAGAUAUGUCUCAAAAAUUAGAUAUUAGUAUGAUAUUCUUGAAAGAAUUAAGUAAAGAUAUAAAGCAUAUCAAAAGCUCAAUAGAUUAAAUUAUGCAAAAUGUAAGUGAUAUAGCCAAUGAUGUUCGAAGACUUAGAGGAAAGAAUUUUGUUGAAUUACUACUUAUUAGGAAAGAAUAAAUAUUAAAAUAGAAGGAUGAGAAUGAAUUAGAUUAAAUACAUAUUGAAAUCUAAACUUAAGAAUAUGAUCCAGUAUCAGGAAAUAAAAAAUAAUCUUAAAAUUAAGAUAAAACUUCUUAUCUUUUAAAAAGAAUCUAUAAUGAUUUUGAGGGAGAAGUAAAUGAAUUUUUAUGGGAUGAAAAUGAAAAAAUUAAAGAUGUAAUGCUUUUAAAAGGAAAAGCAGGUUCAGGAAAAAGCAGAGCUGCUAAAAAUAUAGAAGAAUUAUUAUGGAGUUGCGAUUAACUAGAACCAAAAUGGAUUCCAAUUUAUGUUUCUUUACCAUCUAUUAAAGAUCCAAGACAUAAUUUAAUUGAUUAAGCGUUGGAAUCAUAAAAUUAUAACUUUGAUAGCAUAUAAAUAAGAGAUUUUAAGGAGGCAGUAAAAUAAAAAAAUUUAAGUAUUGUUUUAAUUCUUGAAAGUUACGAUGAGAUGAAGUAAGAUUGUUUAGAAUAAAAUCUAUACAAUUCAAAUAGAUUUGUUUAAGAAUUUAAUCUUACAGAAUCUGGAUAAAAUUUUAAAAUUAUUAUAACUUCUAGACAAGAAAUAUUAAAUUCAAUUGAUUAUCAAACUUGGUUUUAUGGAAAAAGUAUAAGUACUCUUAAAGAAGUUGAAUUACUACCCUUUAAUUCUGAUUAAAGUAAUGAAUAUUUAACAUAAUAUUCUAAAGUCAGUGUAAAAAGAGCAAUAAAAAGAUUUUAUGAAUUUCUAAAGUAAUUAAAAGCUUAAAGUUUUUCAUUUAAUGAAUUUAAAAUAAUUUGGAGUUAAAUUGAAGAAACAGUAAAAAAGAUUUUGUUACAAAAUUAAAAUGAAUAACUAUUAUUCUAGCCAAAAGACACAGAAAAAAUUAUUUUAAAGAUGUUAUAAAUAUAGUUUUUUUAGUUAUUCAAAGCUGAUUAAAUGAUAUCAUUAAAUAAAGAUUUACUUUAAUUAUGGGGUUAUUAAAAAUUUACUCAAACAAUCAAAAAAGUUAAAAUAUAAAAUCUAUUAAAUACACCUUUUAUGCUUGAAAUUAUUGUUUAUGUAUUGCCUAAAAUGUCAUCUUUUUUCUCUUAAGCUACUUUUAUGAGAUAAGUCUUGAAGUAAAACUAUCUUAAAUUGAAACAAGAAGCUAUAAAGUCAAAUUAGUUACUUAAAAAAUAUUCGCAAAUUAAUUAAAAUUAAAAUGAACAAGAUUAGAAAAUAUUAACUGAUGACAUAUAAUUGCUUAAACUUUGUGAAUAUAUCUUAAAUGAGUUAGAUAAUUAAAAUUUUUUUGAAUAAAACUCUAUUGCUCAUUAAUUUACUUAUAAAGACAAUGAUAUAAUGAAUGAGCUCAAAGUUAGUUUUACAGUAGAAUUUGAUGCAAAUUUUGUGGUUGCAGCAUUUUAAUUACAUCAAUUUACUGCAUUUGAUUUUUAUAAGUAAUUUGUUGACUUUUAUCAUGCUUCACAAAUAUAAAAAUGGAAAGAAUUAGGAAAAAAUAUCAAUUGGUAGAGUUUUUUGAUUGAUCUUUAAUAUUUUUGUACUUACUUAGCUAUUGAAAUGACUCUGAGUGAAUUAACUUAAGUUAAUUAUAAAUAGAAGGGAAAAUUAAAAUUACUAUCUGAAAAGGAUGAUCAGUAGGAUAUAUCUUGGGAAGAUCAUUAUUUUAAUGAAAAUGAAUAAGAUUCAGAAUAUAAAAAUUUAUUACGAAAAUGUAUGUUGAUUAAUUCAAAAGGUAAUUUAUUUUCAUUUAAUCAUAAAUCUAUUUAAGAGUUCUUUGUUGCAGAUUAUAUAUUUAAUUUAUUUGAAAGAAUAUUUGCAACAGAUAAAAAUAUAGAUGAAAUUUUAUUGAAAAAGAGUCUUUUUACUAAAAGAAAUAAAUUUAAUUUAUCAUUAGAACAUUUUCAAGGUUGUUUAGAACUCCUUAAACCUAAAAUCUACUAGUUUGUAAACUUUAAAGAAAAAUUGAUAGAAAUAGUUAAGUUGCAGAAUAAUUAUCCUGAUAUAAGUUCUGAAUUAAUAAGAUCAUCAUCUAAUUCAAUAUUUUUAUUAAGUUAUUUGGGAGAAUAUUUAGGAGAAGAAGAUUUAAAUGGAAUUUAGUUAUCAGAUACAAAACUUUGUGGAAUCUCAUUUUUUAAAAGUAAUUUAAGUAAUACAAAAUUUGACAAUGUUUCUAUAGAUUCCUGCAAUUUUACAUUAGGAAAAAUAGAAAAUGCAAAUUGGAAAAAUUUAAUUUGUAAAGAAAUACCUUCUUUGAUAGGUCACAAAAAACAAAUUAAAUCAAUUAUCUUUUUAGAUGAUGGAGCUACUUUACUUUCUGGAGGGGAGGACGGAAAAAUUAUUUUAUGGGAUGUAGAUCAAAAUAAAAAACCAUUAGAAAGAUAAAUUCAAAAUUAGUAGAUUUUAAAUGUAUCAUUCUGUAAAAUGAAUAAUACAUUAAUAUGUUUAUUUACUAAUUCUAUAUUUAUUCUAAAUGCCAAAGAUUUAUCUGAUACUAUAUAUUAACCUUUGAAAAAUUAUAUGUAUGAAGAUAUUUGUAGAUCAUCCAAUAAUCAAUAUCUUGCAGUCUAAUAUUUAAAGUUAAAUUUUUUUAUUUUAGAAAUGUAGAAUCUAAUAAUCUCUGAUAAACCCUAAAGUUUAUCUUAUCCAACUUCUAAUCAAAUAAAAUGUAUGGCAAUUUCAUUUGAUUAAAAAUUGUUAGCUACUGGAGGUUAAGAAUUAUUAUUGUGGGAUUAUAUUUCUGUUACGAAUAUAAAAUAGAUUACAAGUUUACCUACUACUCUUAAAAAUGUUUCUAGUAUUUUUAUCUCACAAAAUAGCUCAGUACUAAUACUUGGUAAUGGAGAUGGAAUUAUAGAAUUUUGGAAAAUUUUAGAUUUACAGAAUUUGUAAUUGCUUCAGUCAAUUAACCUGGAUGAGGGGAUUGAUAAAAUUGAGAUUACUAAAAAUAAUAAAUUAUUAUUAAUCAAAACCAAGACUNGUUUAUUUUCAUUUAAUCACAAGUCUAUUUAAGAGUUCUUUGUUGCUGAUUAUCUAUUUAACUUAUUUGAAAGAAUAUUUACAACAGAUAAAAAGAUGAAUGAAGCUUUAUUGCUAAAGAGUCUUUUUACUAAAAGAAAUAAAUUUAAUUUAUCAUUAGAACAUUUUCAAGGUUGUUUAGAACUCCUUAAACCUAAAAUCUACUAGUUUGUAAACUUUAAAGAAAAAUUGAUAGAAAUAGUUAAGUUGCAGAAUAAUUAUCCUGAUAUAAGUUCUGAAUUAAUAAGAUCAUCAUCUAAUUCAAUAUUUUUAUUAAGUUAUUUGGGAGAAUAUUUAGGAGAAGAAGAUUUAAAUGGAAUUUAGUUAUCAGAUACAAAACUUUGUGGAAUCUCAUUUUUUAAAAGUAAUUUAAGUAAUACAAAAUUUGACAAUGUUUCUAUAGAUUCCUGCAAUUUUACAUUAGGAAAAAUAGAAAAUGCAAAUUGGAAAAAUUUAAUUUGUAAAGAAAUACCUUCUUUGAUAGGUCACAAAAAACAAAUUAAAUCAAUUAUCUUUUUAGAUGAUGGAGCUACUUUACUUUCUGGAGGGGAGGACGGAAAAAUUAUUUUAUGGGAUGUAGAUCAAAAUAAAAAACCAUUAGAAAGAUAAAUUCAAAAUUAGUAGAUUUUAAAUGUAUCAUUCUGUAAAAUGAAUAAUACAUUAAUAUGUUUAUUUACUAAUUCUAUAUUUAUUCUAAAUGCCAAAGAUUUAUCUGAUACUAUAUAUUAACCUUUGAAAAAUUAUAUGUAUGAAGAUAUUUGUAGAUCAUCCAAUAAUCAAUAUCUUGCAGUCUAAUAUUUAAAGUUAAAUUUUUUUAUUUUAGAAAUGUAGAAUCUAAUAAUCUCUGAUAAACCCUAAAGUUUAUCUUAUCCAACUUCUAAUCAAAUAAAAUGUAUGGCAAUUUCAUUUGAUUAAAAAUUGUUAGCUACUGGAGGUUAAGAAUUAUUAUUGUGGGAUUAUAUUUCUGUUACGAAUAUAAAAUAGAUUACAAGUUUACCUACUACUCUUAAAAAUGUUUCUAGUAUUUUUAUCUCACAAAAUAGCUCAGUACUAAUACUUGGUAAUGGAGAUGGAAUUAUAGAAUUUUGGAAAAUUUUAGAUUUACAGAAUUUGUAAUUGCUUCAGUCAAUUAACCUGGAUGAGGGGAUUGAUAAAAUUGAGAUUACUAAAAAUAAUAAAUUAUUAUUAAUCAAAACCAAGACUAGAUUAUUCAGAUAUGAUUGUUUAGGAUUAAUCAAUGAAUAUGAUUAAGUUAUAUAAAUAGAAUAAUAUGAUACUGCUGCAUUGAUUUAAUAAUAAUAUUAUUAUUAAGUUGAUUUGGAUACUUGCAUUAAAGAAAUUGAAAUUAGUCCCAACGACAAAAUUUUAGCUUGUGUUGAAGAGAAAGAUAAUAAAUAUAAGUUGAGUAUUUGGAAUAUUAUUAAAAAAAAAUGCAUUACUUAUAUUGCCUCAUUAGUAGAUAAUUAGGACUAGAUUCUUUAAUUAAAAUUUUCUUUCGAUAGCUAAAUAUUAAUUUGUUGUAUAUUAAACUUUAUAUAUGUUUGGGACAUAAAUGAAUUGAAAUUGAUCAGGAAAUUGGAAACUUAAAUUGAUUAAAUAAAAUAUUUGGCAAUUUCCAAAGAUUUAACUUUUUUGGCUAUAUAAAAUUCCCAUUAUGUAGAACUAUUUGAAGAAUUUUGUAAUCCAAAUAGCAGCUGUGUUAGUAAAACAAUUGGAAUAGACAAAAAUUUUGAAUAUAAAGGGAUUUUGUUUUUAAACAAUAAAUUAGUUAUUAAUACAGAAAACUUUAAUUCAUCUUUUUUAUAAUUUUGGAAUGCGAAAUUACUUAUAUAAGAAUUCGAAUAAUUAUUUAAAGUAAAAUUUAAUUAUUUUAAUUUUUGUUUUGAUUAAAAUCUAAUGAUAACUAUUGGAAAAUUUGGAACUGUUUGGGAGAAAAGUGAAGUGUAUUAUGAAGAAAAAAGAUCUCUAAAUUCAUUUAACAAAUUAAGGUGGAAAAAGAUUGAAUAUUCUGAAAAAAAAGACUAUUUGAUUAUUUUUGAUGGAGAAAGUGUUUAUUUAUUCAAAGAUUAUUUUGAUAGUGAUGAAAAAUCUCAUGAUAUAUAACAGAAAAAGAUAUACUCUUCUCCUCUCAUUUAAGCAGUCUCAUUUUCAAAAAAUGGUAAAUUAUUAGCUUUUGGUUUGAAAAAUGGAAUUAAAAUAAUGUUUUUAGAUUAAUAUUUAAAACUAAAUUAGGAUUCUUAAUAUAUUAAUGAUUUUUCUAUUUCUGAUGAUUCAUCGUUGUUAGUCUUAGCAACAAACAGAGGAAUCAGACUCAAAAAUUAAGAAACAAACAAAGAAAUAUUUUACACUUUGGAUCAAAAAUAUCUAUUAAUAAGAUUUAUAGAAUAAAGUUAAAAGUUUGUAGCUAUUGCAUAAUCUUUUUUAUAUUUAUAUAAACUUGACGAUAUCAACAACCCUAUUGUUUUUCAACAUUUAAUAUUAUGUGGUAAUAAAAUAUAAGCAAUCUAUAAUUUAGAAUAAUCAAAUUCAAUGAUGAUAUUAUAUGAUAAAUUUAUAACUAUUCAUGAAUUAAAAGAAAAGGGAAAUAAUCAAUUAUUAGAAAUUUAGAAUGAGUUUAGUAUAUCAAAAGAUUGUUUGAUAUUAUCUAAAUCAAAUUAUGUAGGGAUUGGUAUAGAUAAUGAUAUUAGAUUUAUUCCUCUUUCUAAUUCAAUUAAGAUGCAUAAUAUAUAUAAUGCUUUUGUAUCUUAAUUUUACAAUAUUUUAUAUUAUAGUUUUUCUUUGAACUGUUAAGAAUUUAUAAUCAUAGGUUUGAAUUAUGAAGAGAAGUUACAGAGAGCAAAAAUAAAUUUAAUUAAUUUAGAAAUAGAGAUAAAAUCUAGUGAAAUUAAUUUUGGAUUUAAUAUUAAUAUUUAUUCAAAUUAGAAAUAGGAUAAAUUACUUUUAGUUCACAAAGACAAUUAGAAUUAUUAAAGAAAAUUAGAUUUAAUCGAUUUUGAAUCAUUAAAAAUAAUUUAAUGUAUAGAAUAACUUAAUCACAAUGAAUCAAGUUGUAAUUAUGCUAUAUUUUCAGAAGAUAAUUCAUAUUUUAUCACUAAAUAUAAAGAUUAAACUAUAAAAUUAUGGGAUUCAAAAACAUAUAAACUUUUAUCAAAAUUUAAAAGUGAUACAACCAAUUUUGAUUUGAUUUCUAUUUCAACAAAAGAAAUCUUAGCAUAAUCAAAUAAUCACAUUAUUAAACUUUGGAAUUUGAAGGCUUUAAGAUCAUAAUAAUCAGAAAUGGAUGGCCAUUCUGAUUCAAUUAAUUUAAUAUCAAUAUCUCCUGAUGGUUUAUAAUUAGUAUCUGGUUCUUUGACUUAAAUUAUUAGAUGGGAAUUAACCAAAUUUAAAAAAAUAGAUGUAUUAAUUAAAGGAUAAGGUUUGCGCUCUAUCUUUUGUUUCUCUGAAGAUGCAAAUUAUUUUGCAGCUGUUGAUAAAGAUCCUUGCCUAAUUAUAAUUUGGAAAUUAAAUACUUUAUAUUUAAUUGAAAAUUUCAUGACAAUAAGUUAUUUUACUUAAGCAAUAAAUUUAAAAUUUAAAAUAGCUGAUAAUCAUCUAAUUUCAUGCUAUUAAAUUGAAUCUUAAUUGUAUCAUAUAGCUUGGGAUUUGAGUAAGCCUGAAUUAUAUUAAAUUUAAAGAAAAACUUGUUACGUUGACAUUCCUAAACCUGUCAUGUAAUUUUUAAGUGAUAAUAAUUUAAUGAUAUAAAUUAAACCUCUUAAAAUUUUUGUUUUUUUUGACCAAGAAAAUUCAGAAUAUUUUUAAUUUGAUAAUUCUUAAUCAAUAUCAGAUGCUAAAUUAGUUACUAUUACGCAUGACAAUCUUAAAAUGGCAGUUUAAAAUGAAAGUGAAAUAAUUAUUUGGUCUUUUAAAAAAUAACAAAUUGAACAUAGGUUUGAAAAUGAUAUUGGAUGUACAUAGAAUUUAGUAUUUUCAGGAGAUAAUAAAAUACUAUUUACUAAUUACAAUGUUACUAUUAGAUGUUUAGACGUAACCAAUUAAUACAAAAUUAUUAAAGAGUUCAAGCUAAAUAAACCUGAUGAAAUGGAUGAAUAAUAAUUUGAUUAAGCUUAAUGUUUUCCUGUUGAAAAUGAUAAUUUUCUCAUUAUAUAUUCUUUUAUUGAGCCUCUUAAAAAGAUUGUAAUAUUAGCAACAUAUGUAUCUGAUUUUGAGUAAUUUUAAAUGUUGUUGGAAACAAAAACUAGUAGAGAUUUUUUUAAUUGUGCAUAUUGUGAUAAAAGACAGAUCUUAGCUAUUCAAAAUAAUUUUUAUUUCUCUUUAUUUGAUAUGAAAUCUAAAAAAUAAAUUGCAAUAUUAGAACCAAAUUAAUUUACAAAUUUUAAUCCUCAUUUAUUACGUUUUUAAAAAGAUGGAAAUUUAUUAGUAUCCAUCGGUUAUGAUAUGAGCAUUAUUCUAUGGGAUUUGUCUGAUUUAAGAAAAAUUAAACUUAAAGUAAACCAAAAUUACCAACCAAAUCAAUAGGAAGUAAUUAGCAUAUCAUUUUAAGAAUAUGAAAAUCAAGUUUAUAUAUAAAAAAUUCUCAGUAGUAAUGAUAUAAAUGCAGAUAAUAUUUCAGAUUAUGUUGAAUACUGUUAAUUUUUGAUAGAGGAUAUAAAUUAUAAUUAUUUAAUAGAAGAGACUUCAGAGUAUAAAUUGCAUCUUAAGGAAAACAAAAUAGAAAUUAAAAAAUAAAAAGAUGGGAAAUUGAUAUAUUGUUUAGAUCAAUUUAAUACAUAAAUUAAUUGUGCCACAUUUACUCCAUGUGGUUAAAACAUUAUUUUAGGAAUGAAAAAUGGGUCAAUUUUAUUUUAUAGAUUAGAUUAAAAUUAGAAUUAACCAAAAUGCUUUAAAAGCUUUACUUUAUAUCCAUUAAUUUUAGCAGAUUCAUGUAGUAUCAAAGGUUCUAUAUUUUUUAAUUAAGAAAAUCGUAAUUUACAAAACUUAUUUCAUGAAAAAGGUUCCAUAACAUAAUGA